AUGAUAUCGCAGAGGACAGAUAAGCUUCUAGCAGAGCCGCAAGGACUCGAUGAUCAAUUCAGGAACAAUUAUAUCUCCAGAUUAGUGACUACUUUGACGGCGCACUGGUCUGGACCACAGGAUUACUACAAACUCCUGGGCCUCAGCAAGGAUUCCGACGACCGCCAAAUUAAGAAAGCCUAUCGAAGUCUCUCGAAGAAAUACCACCCGGACAAGAACCCGGACGAUGACUCGGCGCAUCAACGUUUCGUCGAGAUCGCGGAGGCAUACGAUGUUCUCAUAGACCCGGAGUUACGAAAGAUAUAUGACCAGCAUGGACACGAGGGUGUGAAGCAGCACCAGCAGGGAGGACAACGGGGAGGAGGCGGGCAUGAUCCUUUCGAUCUGUUCAGCCGCUUUUUUGGUGGAGGUGGGCAUUUUGGACGCGGUCAAAGACGAGGGCAGAAUAUGGAAGUGCGGAUCAACGUCCCGCUGCGCGAUUUCUAUACCGGAGCGGAUCACGAGUUCAAGGUGAACAAGCAGGUGAUCUGCGAGGCGUGCGAGGGCAGUGGCAGCGAGGACGGCCAGCGCGAUACCUGCCACAAGUGUCAUGGACAGGGUAUGGUCAUUCAGAAGCACAUGUUGGCACCUGGCAUAUUCCAGCAAAUGCAGAUGCAGUGCGACGUCUGUGGUGGACGAGGCAGCACGGUCAAGCAUAAGUGCAAGAAGUGUGGAGGACAUAGGGUAGUUCGUGCCGAAGAGAGCUUCGAGCUGCAUGUUGAGAGAGGCAUGCCGCAGGGUGUACGGGUCACAUACGAGAACGAGGGCGAUGAGAGUCCAGAUUGGGAGGCUGGUGAUCUGGUUGCGCAUCUCUCAGAGAAGGAACCGGAACUGGGCAAGGAGGACAAGGAAAAGACGGACGGCACCUUCUUCAGGCGGAAAGAUCAGAGUCUGUUCUGGCGAGAAGUGCUGUCAUUACGGGAAGCAUGGAUGGGCGGCUGGACCCGCAAUCUCACGCACCUCGACGGGCAUGUCGUUCGGCUAUCGCGAGAGCGAGGGCAGGUCGUCCAGCCCGGCACUGUUCAGAUCGUCGAAGGCGAGGGCAUGCCGAUCUGGAGACACGAAGGCGACGGACCAGAGUAUGGUGCGCUGCACGUCGAGUAUGUUGUUGUCCUGCCUGAUGCCAUGGAGAAAAGCUUCGAGCAGGACAUGUGGAAUACGUGGGAGAAAUAUCGGAAGAAGAAGGGAGUCGAUUUGUUUGCAGACAGCGGCCGGCCUAUACCGAAGCCUUCAGGACAUGAUGAGUUGUAA